CGGUGUUGUGUCAACUCAGCUAGUCGUUAGUGAGCAGUCCAUCCGCACGGACGCAGUCAGCUAGUUGAUCUCGUCUGAUUGGCUGUGCGCUUAGUGUGCGCUGUCUACAUGUACAUGUACUUGGCCAUAUGCGCACGCCACUGUACCGGUUUAAUAUACGCACGUACACAUGUAGGUAGAUUAGUCCAUAGUCAACGCAAAAAGCAUGCGUACAUAUGAUCACAGCAAACCAUUCAAUAAAACCGACAUAUGAGUUUGAACGAUAAAAAUCUCCAACGGCUAGUCGGUAAGGAAUACUACCGUGUAAUGACAGCUGUCGAGCGCUUAUAAACUCGUCACAAUAUUUAGGAUUGGUUCAUUUUGAGAAUCCAUUGGAUUAUUUAUUGCAUCUUUUCACGAUCAUGGACGGUGAGAAAGUGUUCAUUGCUGAUUGCAUCAAAAAGAGGCGAUCGAGACACGGGAAGGUCGAGUUCCUUGUCAAGUGGAAAGGCUUCCCUAACAGAAUGAACACCUGGGAACCAGAAUACAACAUCCUCGAUCCAGGGCUGAUCUUGGAAUUCGAAGAAAGGCUUGCUGAGGAAUACAAGAGGGGACGACCCGGCCGUAAGCCGGCUAACCUUAAGGAUUUGAAGAACAAGAGGCGGGAACUUCUUGCCAAGUGCAAGGAAUAUCAGCUGCUCUCCAAACAAGCCAAGCUCCAACAAGAACGACAUGAGCAAGCUUCUCUGGAGAAAGAGGAGAUUGGGUGUCAAGACAGCAUGGAAGCCCAUGACGGACGAUGUAACAAAACACCAUGCACUGAUAUGGAUACUCCUGACGCCAACGCAAACUUCACCCGUGUAGAUAAAGACAUUCAAAAUGGACAACCAAAGACUGUCAAAAAACCUGCUUUUUUGCAACUCGAUGACCGCCACUCUCCGGCUGGUAAUUGUCAUGAUGCUAGAUCGCCAAUCGCUGGUUGCCUUCCAUCACCCACCGUACCCAGACCGCCAAACAGUGCGACCUACAUGGGUUGUGACACGCCCAUCGCCUCCCCCAACACCAUGGAUUCUAAACCACCCUCGCCAACCACAAACGUCACCAUCCCUACCAACACUGUCAAGCUGGGGAAAUUUGCUCUGCUGCGGAAGUAUCGCAACUCGAUGGAGGAAACCUCACAAGUGAGCGUUACUAACGUGACCAUCGGCGACGUGACGAUCGCCAUAACGGAGAGUAACACGCCUAAAGGUUUCUUCAGGAAAUACGAAGCUGAGUCGGCGUGUUGGUGAAGAGGCUUGGAAUCAGAACAAAAGUGGACUGAUUAUUGCAGUUUUACUACACGUGGGGUUACUAGAAAUGGUGAGUUAUUACAGUCACCCCCUUGGAUCGCUAUGAAGAGUAGACAUUCAACGAGAUAUUCUUCACAGUGGGAUGUAACCGAGGAAGUGUUAUCCUAAAGAAAAAGUACAACCAGAAGAGGAUGGCAUAGCGUGUGCAAACUCGUCUUGAGAUUUAGAUGAGAGAGUGACGCAAAAUGAUGGACAAGACGAAAAUAUAAGAGGUGACACAUGCUAGAUGGUUACCAGAGAGCUCAACUUGGAUCAUGGGUGGUGCGUGCUUCGAUAUACCCUGACUGUUUAAAAGCAUUGUCAGUUUUCUCUCGAAGAAAAACUUAGCAAACAGCUGUCGUUAGUUCAGGCGAGAAGAAAUCAAAAGAGGGCGAAAAGGGCACAGAAUUCCCUGAGGAUAACGCGGCUGUCAGAUUUUUAGCGCAAUAUUUGGAUCCGAAUUGUAAGCCUAGAUUUACACGUGUUUGACAUUGGCAAACAGGUGUUUUUUAUUUAUUUAUAGCUAGAGUGAUACUGGCAGCAUCGUCAAAAGUUGUGCUCGUAUGCUGCCCAAAGAUCCAUGCUUAGACUAGCGCCGCGCCAAAUCUUGAUAGAAAUACCUUGCGUUUCGAUUUAAAGCCUUUUUCGCGCCUUGUUCGUCACCAGCGAUGCAGUAUUUGUGGUAUUUUGUUUUUUAUCAAGGUGAUUUACGUUUACAAGUGCGUGGGAAAGUUUGAACCGGCUCAAUAAAAGGGGAAAAUGACUCAUGCUUGUUUUGACACGAUGAAUGAAUGGAACCUGUGAUCCUCCCUAUGCGUCUAUGACUGACACUGUACGUGUAGAGUUCACGAUAUGGCUGUUGAAAAUGUUCACAAAUUGGUCCAUAUAAUUUUAUGAUCUGUAAAAAAUGGUAUUACAUGUAAUUCAACAUAUUUAUUCCCCUAGAGCGCCCCCAAACAGAGAUGUUUCAGAAAAGCCAUGUACAUUUGUACUGUAAAUUUACAGGAUGUGCAAUGUUAUGUUGGAACUGUUCAUUUUAGCGACUUUUAACUUGUGAGCUUAGUUCAGUCAACUAAAUGGCUUUAGAUGAGGGUUAACAAAAGGCAUAACAUUUCCUGAUGGUUAUCCUUGUUGAAAGGUACAGUUAUGUGCAGUUAUUGUUUUACCUUUUUCUGUCUCGCUUUUAACCGGAGUAGAAAUAAGCCUUGUUUCAAGACUAAUAUAAAUCAGGCAAAGGAGAAUUACCAUAGUUAAAAGUUAAUAUGAGUCUGCCUUUGUGAGUCUUAAGUAUAUUGUCGGUAUUAUUGCCAUAUUAAACUAUGACCUUUUAGUCAGAACUAGACGUGCAGACACGCGUCCCGCAGUUAUGAUAGUAAGUCAAGCCAAAUGUCAUCUUGUUUUACUAAAUCGUGUCUGUUGUCCUUUGAAAAGUACGACGACGAAAUUAGAGUUGUAUUAUUUCUUGAAUAUCCUAGAUAUCACAAGGCACAAUUAAUAAAAGAGCCAACUCGUGAACAAAUUGUAUUACAUAUACCUUGAAAGAAACCUGUUUCAUAUUUGUAAGCCGAAUAGAAGUACCGCGUAGACCCCAGUAGGUAUUGUGUAGCACCCUUCCAUUAAUUCCGCUUUCCAAUACUGUCACGUUUGCAAUUAAAGCCCAAGUCACCCGCUGUGUAAUUUGCGCCAGGUGGCGUUUACGGUAAACCGAGAUGUGCCCCAAACAUAGUUUUCUCUUCGAAAAUUUCACCUGGUAAUCUGCUUUGUCAUAUUCUAACGAGUUUUGGGAGGCUUAGUUUCCUGCAAGGAAGUUGUACAGAUCAACACCAUCCAGGGUAGCCCUAGAGCCCUUGGAACCGCAAACGGAAGUGAGAACAAUGAAACAAUCAUUUUUUUUUUCUUUAGUGUAAUUAUAAAUUGAAAGUUUUUCUGAUUUGCUAGCCGUUGGAAACCCUCCAGACGAUAUCACAUGGUAAUACAUGUGUUUACCCGCCUCACUUCUAUCUAUCUUGGACACGUGCCUAGCCUACCGAACAUACAUUUGACAUGGUAAGCUACUUUCGGUAAGUCUAUUCUUGGAUCGGCUAUGACCGCACCACAGCAUUUCCGUCGAGGCAAACAAUGAGAACUUCUCUGCUUGUCUCCAAGAUUUUCUUUGAUUUUUUUAAGCGUUCUCUCAUCGUUUGAAAGUCACUUUUUUGUAAAGAAAGGUAUAAACGGUUAGGCCAAGUCCUUUUUCAAAAAAAUAAUGUAGUGCUUUUGGUGUAUCGUUUUCCCGCGAGGGCAAUUUGUUUUAAGUAUUCUAAUUGUAAUAACGACUGCAAAACGGCUAUUAUUGAUUUGAAGGCAUGCAGAUCUUCACAUUGGACUGUUUAAAAAAAUAUAACAACUGAAAAAAGCUUGAUCUCAUAAUGCAUGAAAAAACUUGAUCUCGUAAUGCAUGACUUUUGUUUCAUUUAUAAGGCAUUGCCGUAUGUUUCUUGUUUACAAUUUGAUUGGGUUCUUUAUUUUCAAUGUCAUUUAAAAGAUACCCGUGCACCACCGCUACCUUAGAAUAGAAAUACCCUACUAUUUCCCUGUAGAGUAUAAGCUCUCUUAUUCAAGAAAGUGUUUUGACAAGAUUUAAAGCUAUGGAUACUUAAAGAUAUUUCUAUGUAUGACACAAAUAUGUAAGUAGGUUAAACUCAAUGUCAGAGUUGUGAAUCCAGUACUCGUUAAAUUCUCGAGAGAUUACACGAUUACUCAAACACGACCAGAACAGAGAACACCACGGUUUAUUUUCAGGUUUAUUCUUGUAAAUAUAAGCAGAUUAUAUUUUUAAAAACUGGAUUUUUGAGAAGUGGAGACUCAUGGAGGGCAGCGUAAGUAUUGCUAUGGUUCCUCUUUGUUAAUUUUCCGAAGGGUAACGUUUGGUUACAACAUUUGUAGCCAUCAUAUUUGUCGUGGGGUCUGUCAGGAAUGUGUACAAUCGAUAUUGCCACAUUUUCUCCCACAGAAAGACAUUCUAAUAAAGUGUCAAUAUGAAACAGC